AUGGCGUCUGGGAGUAAUAAAUAUUGUACAGAAUGUGGUUUACAAACAUUGAUUGAAGAGAAUGGCCAAGCAGUCUGUGCUGAAUGUGGUGCCAUCACUGAUACAGUACAACUUGUGGCAGGAGGAACAGAACAUUUUAAUUUUGUUGUGACUGAACAAGUGAUGUCUAGAAAGGAGAAAUACGCCAAAGAAUCUGAAUCUUUACACCAAGGUAGAAUGAAAACAGGAGAACUUUGCGACAAGUUGCAUCUAGAUUGUGGAAUGAAAGAGGCAGCUACUCAAAAGUAUGUCCAGCUGUUCAAACAUAAUGACUUUCGUACGAUUCUCAAAGUGUUUAAAAUGGCAUUAGUGUCUGUAUGUGUAUAUAUCGAGGCAAGACAGAAUAACAUCCCAAUUUUAAUGUAUGAUGUUACAUCAAUUCUUGGAUUCGAAGAGAAAAAGAAAUUUCAGAAGGUACUUCAUAAAGCUAAAGCCAUUCUUGGUCUUGAAGUUCAAAGCCUUUCUUACGUGGAAUCUGUUUUUGCAUUGCUGAGAAAGACGAGUUUUCCUGAAGAACUGUUUAAACAAGUUGUGGAUAUGUGCAAGGUUCUAGAUCAAUACUGGAUAAAACGAAGUAUAGGUCUAACUAAUACUAUAUACCCCAGUGCCUAUUUUGUUUGGCUGGGUUCUUCCAAGUGUCCAGACAAGGGUCUAAAAUAUUCCCAAUUUUGUUUAAACUUUAAAUUAUCACGAUCUCAAGUGGGAGAUAAAUGUUCAAAAGAAUCUAAAACAUUUUUGAUUAAAUUGGCUAAAGAGAUACCAUGGAUAGGUGACAUUAAAAAACUGAAUCGGAAAACUGUAUUUUAUUAUUUAUCAGAUAUCAUAAGAUAUCAAGCCACAUUAAUGAAUAAAUCAAGGGUCGUUUCUAAAAGGGUUCCUCCGAGCAAGCGUAAAACAUUUGAAGAAUCCCCAGAUGAAAUUGAAAAGAAAGACCUACAGAUUCGCAAUGAAAAUCCAAACCUGCAUGAUAUUGAAUUAGAUGAAGAGGAAUUUCAUGAAGAAAUGUAUGAUUUUUUUAAAACGCCCGAGGAAAUUGAUAGUUUAACGAAGUUAAAAUCAUUAGUCUCUGAUGAAGAUCUCACAGUGUGUGAAUUAAAACGGAAAAAAGUUUCAACCUAA